AUGGUGCUCCCUCUGCCUUGGCUCUCCCGAUACUGUUGCUGGCGCCUCCUGCCCUCCUGGCUCCUGGCCCCCCAGGCUUCCCGGGGUUGUUGCUCCCAGAGCCCUAAGGCAAGCACAGGCGAGCAGACCAGCUCCUCCUCGAACAGUGGAAAGAUGCGGUCACUCACUAGGGGUCCUGGGCCCCGGCGCACAGCUGAGUUGGCCCAAGCUGAGGAGUUGCUGGAGCAGCAGCUGGAGCUGUACCAGGCAAUGCUGGAAGGGCAAGAGGGCGCCUGGGAGGCUCAAGCCCUGGUGCUCAAGAUACAAAAGUUAAAGGAACAGAUGAGGCGACACCGAGAAAGCCUGAAAGGAGACGCCUAA